CGCGCGCGUCGAUGCUCCAUUCUAAAUUAAAUUAAAUAAAUUCAAUAUGUUGUCGAAAAUAUUCACUACGGUGAAAUACACAUUGGUGACAGUGAAUUUUUUGUUCUUGAUAACCGGAAUUAUAAUAUUGGCUGUCGGAGGCUCGGUGCAAGCUGCCUAUAAUAAUUACCAUGAGUUUCUAUCGGAGAGGUUUUUCUCUCUUCCCGCCUUUUGUAUAGCGACGGGAAUUAUUAUAUUCCUCAUAUCCUUCUCCGGUUUCUAUGGAGCCUUCAUGGAGAACUACUUAAUGAACAUGGCGUUUGCGGGUGCCAUGAUCUUGAUGUUCGUUUUUCAACUAUCGGCCUGCAUAGCUGGUUAUGCAUUGAAGAGCAACACGGUAGCUUUAGUUCAAAAGCAGCUGUUAUCCACCAUGGAGCUGUACGGACCUGGCUCAUUAGAGAUCACCAAGCUCUGGGAUGAAGUUCAAGGAGACUUCGAAUGCUGCGGUGUAGUUAACUCUAGUGACUGGCUGGCGCCCCUCGGGACGCUGCAAUCCAGAGGGCUCCCCGUGAGUUGCUGCAGCCACAUUUACGGCACCAUCCAGCUGUUCAACUGUACGACCGUCGAGGCCUACCCGACUGGUUGUGCCGAAGCGUUCGGUAACUGGGUACAGUCGCACGCGGCGGCAAUAGGCGCGGCUGGCAUAUUCUUAGUUUUAAUGCAGGCUCUCGCCGUGGCUGGGGCGGUGUGGAUGGCGAAGAUAUCUAGGGAAGAACGAGGGGCGUAUCCUUGAGCGAUAUUCUCGUAAACUAUAUUUAGUUGUAAAUUUCAGUAUGUUAAUUAUUUAUGUUUGAGUUUAAUGAAUACAACGCAUGAGGUUUCGUAUUAAUAGUGUUAUUUCGUUAAACGAAGUUGAAAAGUGUUCUUAUCAGUAGCUGCUGUGCUUCUGGUUUAGCUGAUGUCCAUGAGCAACGUUAGCGAAUUAUAACAACAUUACAAUUUACUGGUGGUAGGACCUCUUGUGAGUACGCGCG